AUGUCUUAUGUUAAAUCUUUAAAAAAAUUUCAAACUGAAAAUUUUGUUAACAGAUGUAUCUUUCAUGAUACUAAAAACAACAUUACAUUCAUAAUUGAAAAAUAUUAUAUAAUCUGUCAUAGAAUUGUAUUUUUUAAAAAUAAUGAAUUAAUCUCUCUACCUGAAGGAUAUGAAAUUCAUUAUGAAAAUGAUAAUACUACAACUGAAAUUAAUUCUGCACCAAUGACUGAAAAUGGAAUUACUUUUCUUCUUAUUAGCAACAAUUUGUACCACUAUGCAAUCUAUUACAAAGAUACUCCAGUUUUCAAAUUUCAUGAAAUGAAUAAAUUUUUUAUUACAAAACCUAAACAAAUUAUCGAAUAUUCUCAUACAAAUAGUAUUUAUAAACAAAUUAAUAAAAUUCUUGAAAAAUGUAAAAUUGAUAAAAUAUUAAAGAAAGAUAAUAAUAAUGAUAAUAAUAAUGAAUUUACUAUAGAGAUUUUUUUAAAAUGA